UCCUGUCCUCCAAGAGAAAGCCUUCAACUCCAUUUCACACUCCAAACUCUCUCUCUUUUUGAAACCUCUCUAUUAGCUUAGAGAUCCAAGCUCAAGUGAAGCCCAUGAUAACCUUCAUGAGAUCGGCAUACCCAUAUCGACAUCUUUAUCUGUAUCUGUAUCUGUAGAUGGAUCGGAAGCCUCUCAAUGACGAUGCGGAGGAGCUGAUCAAGAGGAGGCAUGAGCAGAGCUCAUCCUCGGGGGCGAGCCCGUCAUUCCACCUCGAUAUCCCGGGAGCCUUCGGGGGUGGUGUGUUCGGCUUGCCGUGCGAUGCGGAGAAGGGCUCCCUAGGCUUCAUGGAUUUACUAGGCGUCCAAGAUUACGUUUCUGGCCCCGCAGCUUACUCUUUGUUCGAUCUCCUCCAGCCGCCACAGCCACCUCCGUUGCAGCUGCCAGCGCAGCCUCCGCCACCGCUCCUGUCCCCAGCGUCCACGGUAAUGGAGUCGUCGGACGCGGCGAACCAACAACCGCCCACUCCGGCCAAUUCGUCGUCGCUGUCUCCUUCGUCCAACGAAGGGCAAACUAACAAGACUGCCGGAGAGGAAGAUGGGGAGGGGGAGGAGGAAGAGGAGCAGGGUAAUAAUCAAGAAAAGACUAAGAAACAGUUGAAGCCGAAGAAGAAGAACCAGAAGAGGCAGAGAGAGCCAAGAUUCGCGUUCAUGACAAAGAGUGAUGUCGACCACUUAGAUGAUGGGUAUCGAUGGAGGAAGUACGGCCAAAAGGCUGUCAAACACAGCCCGUACCCGAGGAGCUAUUAUCGUUGCACUAGUGCAGGAUGUGGAGUGAAGAAGAGAGUUGAGCGAUCUUCUGAAGAUCCAUCCAUUGUUGUUACGACCUAUGAAGGUCAGCAUACGCAUCUAACCCCAGCAACACCUAGGGGCAGCCUUGGGUUCUCACCGGAAACAGCUACCUAUGGCGCUGGUGGCGGCUUUGGCCUGUCCUCAACUACCUCAUCGUUUCUCCACCCACAAUCUAAUUUUUAUCAACAUCAUCAGCAGCAUCAAUAUUUAUAUGGCUCGGCGCCCUCUGUGAACACCGGUAGCUCUGCCUCUGCUAGUUUUAUCAGUUCCUCCCCAUCCAUUCCGAGCUUCAAUCAAGCUCAGACACAUAAUUUUGUAAGGCCCUCAGCUCUACCUCGUUCCUUGUCCGCAUUGCAAAGAGAUCACGGGCUCCUUGAAGACAUUGUGCCAACACGGAUGCGAGAGGAGCCCAAGGAGUAGAACAUGAUUUUUCAGGGUUGGCCGAAGCAGAAAUACUUGACAGAUGAUUAUUAUCAAAUCUCAGAGAAAUGUCGAAAAAUCUAUGGUGGCAUAGAACGUUGGUGCGUGCCAAACUUUCGAUGAUCGGAGGUAUGCAACUCUUUGACUAACAACUUGCGACCGGGGUCGCCUUUUGGAGAGCCCUGGUGUUACAACCUUCCGGAUCAUAUAUAUAACCUCGGGGAAAAAUGACUAGCUAUAGCUUUUUGGCUCGACGAUGUUGACGUUCUUGUGACUAGCUGCUAGCUUGCUCCUUCCUUAUGUACUUUAUUCUUUUGUAAACUGGAAGAUACUUAGCGACCAACGAUUCAGAUAUUAUAUGAAGAGCUAAGAUUUAACAUA